AUGCUGGCGGUGUUCGAGAAGGCAGUGGCGAAGCCGCCGGAGGAGCUCAACGUUUCCGCCGGCUGGAUGGUUCCGACCACCAGGUUCGACAUACCCGAGGUCUUCAAGGCCGCCUGGCCCCAGUCUACCUUCUACAACUUCCCCAACGGAAACUUCAUGGCCCUCUCCCAUGCAACUCAGAACCCCUUCCACGACAGGUCCUCUCUCUCUCUCUCUCUCUCUCUCUCUCCGAGUUCUGAUCUGUCGCUGAAGGGGGUUGUUGAUGGCAGGUCGAUGGUAGUGGUGGACGACAUCUUCUGCAUCUUCAUGGGGAUCAUCGACAACAUCUGGGAGCUCCGGAGGCACUACGGGCUCGGGCGGCAAGCGACGGAGCCGAUGCUGUUAGUGGAGAUGUACAGGGUCCUCCGCGAGAGGGCUCCCUACCCCCCCGACCAGAUGGUCAGGGACCUCAACGGGAAGUUUGCCUUCGUGCUGUUCGACGCCAAGCGCGGCUCGCUCUUCGCAGCCAGAGUACGUAGACCCCCCCGUCCUCAUGCCCACCUCCUUCGUCCAUCAUAUCUGACGAGCACCGAGCCUUACACCGCUGAAAACCCACAAGGACCGAGAAGGCAAGGUGAGGAUGCUCUGGGGGAUCUCCGAAGACGAGUCCCUGGUCUUCUCCGACGACGGCGAGAUCAUGAUGGACGUCUGCGGCAUCUCCUCCGCCUCCUUCCCCGCCGGUAUCGUAAACCAUCUCCCUCCUCCUCCCCCUGCGGCGGGUCCUUCACGGUGGCAUAUGGCAGGGUGCAUCUUCAUUAACGCGGGGGAGGGGCUCGUGCACGUCGACCACCCGAGGCACAAGGUUCGCGGCAUCAGGCGGGAGGACGAGGACGGCAUGGUCAACGGGGUGCUGUUCCAGGUGGACAUGUUCACCCGCCUGCCCAGCGUGCCGCGCGUGGGCAGCGCGGCGAACUGGGGCGCCGCCGUGUCGUCUCCCGGAGGGGAUGAAGACGGGACUCCCUAA